UUCAAUUCCAUAGCAUUCUUUUUUAUCAGAAGAGUUUUUGAACUUUAUGAUAAGCUCACUAAGCAAAAGAUUUUGAAGAGUCCAAAUCAUGAUCACAGUUGUUCCUAUAACUACAACAAUUAUUAACUACUCACACUUCGACAUUUAGGAUAUGUAGCAGUAGAGAAUCCAAAUCAGAUAUAAAUCAUAAAUUGUUCGCGCCGCGAUACAAAAUCGAAAUCCAAUAUAAAUCACAAAUUGUUCAACAUUUGGCUUUUAGGGCACGCCGCGACAGAGGAUCCAACUCUGAUACAUACAAAUCAUAAACUUUUCACCAUUUGAUCUUUAGAGGAAGAUUCAAAUCCAAUUUAAAUAUAUAAUAAAUUACUCUAUUUAAGGCCUAAAAAAACCCUUUUCUUUUCUAUUCCUCUGCGUCUUCCCUUUCACUUUCCUCACCAAAAAUAUUUCCCCAGAAAAAUCCCAAUUCCUAUCAGAAAAAAAAAAAUAAAAAAAAAAAUUAAAAUUCGAUAUUUAUAUUGAUGGGGAAAAAAUCAACGAAGGAGGAUGUGAAAGUAGAAUGUCCACCGGACAACCUCCGGUGCAGCCGUACCGACGGACGGCAAUGGCGGUGCCGGAGACCAGCGAUGGAAAACGUGAAGCUUUGCGAGAUUCACUAUCUUCAAGGUCGUCAUCGUCAGAACAAAGAGAAGGUUCCAGAGUCACUGAAACUACAGAGGAACAUGAAGAUGAAGAAGAAGAAGAAGAGGAAGAACAAAAACGACGUCGUGGAGAUUAGGUCAAAGAAGAAAAAGAAGAAGAAGGAUAUUGAUGUGCAAUUGGAGCUGAUAAAAAUGGUUCUUCAAAGAGAAAUUGAGAAGAAGAAGAAAAAUGUGAAUUGGAACAACAAUGAGGAAUCAGAAUUGGAUUACAGUGAAGGAGAAUUGAGGAAAGAAUUACCCAAUGGGGUUAUGGAAAUUGCUCCUGUUUCAACACCUCGUGAUAUUGAUUUUCACUGUCAUGUUACACCACGUUACUUCAGGUCCAAGAAUGUUGAUAGAAGGGUCCCUUUUGAUAAUUUGCAGGAUGUUUCAAACUUGAAGAAGGGUAGGAGGAAGAAGUGUCAUUGGUGCCAGAGUAGUGAUUCAUGGAAUCUGAUAAAAUGUUCAAACUGCCAGAAACAGUUUUUCUGCAUGGAUUGCAUUAAAGAACGGUAUUUUGAUACUCAAGAUGAGGUUAAGAUGGCGUGUCCGGUUUGUCGAGGAACUUGCACAUGUAAAGAUUGUUGGACAAGUCAUGGUAAAGACAGUGAAAGUAAGGAUUAUUUGGCUGGUACUAGCAGAGUUGAUAGGAUAUUGCAUUUUCAUUAUAUGAUAUGUAUUCUCCUUCCUGUACUAAAACAAAUGAGUGAAGACCAGCAUACAGAGCUCGAAACAGAAGCGGAAAUUAAAGGGAAAAAUAUUUCUGAUAUUCUCAUCAAGCAGGUCGAAUUUGACUGCAAAGAGAAAAAUUACUGCAACUACUGCAAAACACCGAUUCUGAAUCUUCACAGAAGCUGCCUUUGUUGUUCCUACAGCCUUUGCUUAAGAUGUUGUCAGGCAAUAAGUCAUGGAAGCAUCUUUGACCAUAUAAAUUCUUCGAUGGCCAAGUUACCUGACAAAAUGGACACUUGUGUUGCUAAUGAAACUCACCUUUUGGAUGAUAUGACCAUUUCUAGUAACAAUGUAAUCGAUACUUCAAUGUUACAUGAUUCGACCGGUUGUAAUGGUACUAACAAUGUAUCAUGCCCUCCUACCGAGCUAGGUGGCUGUGGUGAUGGCCACCUUGAUUUGAGAUGUGUUUUUUCCUUAAGUUGGAUCGAAGAAAUGGAAGUAAAGGCUGAAGAAAUUGUUUGCAGCUACGACGUUCCUGAAAUUUUGGAUAAAAAUUCAAGUUGCUCACUUUGUAUCGACGACGGUGAUAGAACUAACAGAUAUAAGCAAUCGCAAGAAGCGGCUCGAAGAGAAGAUUCUAAUGAUAAUUGCUUAUUUCAUCCAACAGUUUUUGACAUUCGUAGCGAUCAUUUUGAACACUUUCAGAAACACUGGGGAAAAGGCCAUCCUGUAAUAGUGCAAAAUGUGCUCCGAAGUACGACACACCUCAGCUGGGAUCCUCUGGUCAUGUUCUGUGCAUAUGUUGAGAGGAGCAUUACAAGAUAUGAGAAUAAUAAGGACUUACUUGAAGCUUGUUUGGAUUGGUGGGAGGUGGAAAUUAACAUUAGACAGCAUUUUACUGGUUCUUUUAGAUGUCAACCUCAGAAAAAUGAUUGGCACGAGACGCUGAACCUAAAUGGAUGGUUAUCUUCCCAACUAUUCAAAGAACACUUUCCAUCUCAUUUUGCUGAAGUAAUUGGUUCUCUUCCAAUUCAAGAAUACAUGAAUCCCAGGUCUGGUCUUCUGAAUAUAGCUGCACAUAUGCCAGAGGGGAGUGCUAAACAUGACAAAGGCCCAUAUGUCUAUAUUUCUCAUCGAUGUGCUGACAAAGAAGCUUAUUCCGUGUUAAAUCUCUCUUAUCACCCAUACGAUGUGGUUAAUAUGAUGGCACAUACCACAGACGUUCCUCCCUCUACCGAACAUCUUACUAAAAUAACUAAGUUAUUGAAAAAGCACAGAACUAUGUGUCAAAGAGGGUCUUCGAAGAUUACUACUGAGCACACAGAUGACAGUGAUCAAAAGGAACCUGAGAAUAUUAUAAGAGAAGGAACCGACUUUUAUAGGAGAGUCAAUAGAACAUCUUACAUCUCUACUGAAGGGAACAAUACUUUCAGCAACGGAGGAUGUGGUUCCGGUUCUGAUUCUGAAAAAUCACAAAGCUCUAUAACUUUCAACAAGACAGUUCGAAGCACUGAAAUGUAUUCUGUGGCCCAGUGGGAUGUGUUCCGAAGACAGGAUGUACUGAAGCUUCUAGAAUACCUCAAAAGACACGCUGAUGAGUUUUCUUAUAACAAUGAAUAUGACAGCAAGAAGAUAGUUCACCCAAUUCUAGAUCAGAGCAUCUUUCUGGACACUACUCACAAAAUGAGACUGAAGGAGGAGUUCGAUAUCGAACCAUGGACGUUUGAGCAACAUGUCGGAGAAGCUGUC